AAUCAACAGUGGUCCGCCUCUCCUCCAACCUGCAAUAGAGCAUCAUGUUUUGUGCCUGUACGUGGAGCCCGGAUGUUUAACAGCAGUACAGCACCAGGUGGGGAGGUUUAUCUUUCUGAUGCGGUGACAUUUCAGUGUCAUUAUGGUAGCCAGGUGGUGGACAGAACCAUGUACUGCAGGCUAUUUGGGAAAUCAGCAGUAUGGGUGGCAGGGAGAUGACUAUAGCUGUCCUGAAAUUAACUGUGGUGAUCCAGAGGUUGUUCCUGGAUCAGUUUAUACAGCGCGUUCCGCAAAUUCUUUGAAGAACACAUUUAACUUUGGUUGUGACACUGGCUUCGUUGCCAGUGGAAAGUCUACAAUGAACAACAGUGUGGUUAUGUGUGAAGAGAAUGGAAGAUGGGGCCUUGGCAACCUUACCUGUACAGGUGCACUAUGUACUGACCCAGGAACACGUAUAGAUGCUCAACAGAUUGCUACUAGCUAUGAGGUUGGACAAGAAGUAUACUGGACUUGUGACAGGCCAGGUUUCUCUCCAGACCCUCCCACUGUCAUCGAGUGUCGGAUAACCGGAGGUGUAGUGGCUUGGAACUCUACAGUACGCCCAACCUGUAAAGACAAAGAAGAUCCUCAAUUCAGCUCGUGUCCAACAGCACCAAUUUAUUUGCAAAAAUCAACAGCUGUUAAUUAUGUUAUUCCAACCGCCACUGACAACACAGGUGUGCUAAAAAGUUUCAGUGUGCUGCCUGAUAAAAUGGAGCCUGGAAGUAUCAUCAGUGAAAAUACUACAAUUGCAUAUACAGCUGAAGACUAUGCUGGAAACACAGCCACCUGUGAAAUCAAUGUGAUAGUCAUAGAGGGGUCUGCUCCGUUACUAUCAUGUCCAAAUACAAGUGUUCUCUACAUUAACACUUCUACUGGAUAUUCUAUCAACCCAUUGAGUGACAUACCAGGCUUCACUUUACCAACUUUACCUGGAGUGAUUUAUACAGCAGAUCCUCCUCUUGUGACAGUUAAUUUCGCCUCGCUGAACACCUUGCAAAAAGUCACAGUCAAAGCCUCAUACAGAAACCUACUGAGUUCUUACUGCUCUUUCUUAGUUGCUACAGAAGCAUCUGGAUGCCUUAUAGAUUCUCUACAACCUGUGGAAAAUUCAGGCACAUCAUGUACAGCCAAUACCUAUUUGUGUUCCUUACCUUGUAUUGUUGACUAUGUCCAUUACAAUACGGGACUAAACACCAAGAAUUAUAAUUGUACGGGUGCAAAUAUUUGGAGUCCUCCUCUAAGCCGUGAGCCUUGCAUAAAACCGAUGACCUCGCAGUACACCAUAACCAUCAACGCUACAUUUGAAUUACAGCAGGCUGCUUCAGGCUGCAUGGGGGCUUUCGAAUUUUCAGUCCAUCCCUCACUUAUUCAAGCUCUUCUGGCCCUCACCUGUCAGCAGACUACUUUGUCUAUCUCCUCAACUAUUGACUCUACAGUUACGGAUACAAACUCAAUUAGUUCAAUCAUGACAGUAACAUUGAAUCCUGAUACAAUUGGAGCUUUUAAAACACUUUGCUCCAAUUCAAUCGAUGCCAAUAUAAAGACAGAUGUCAUCUCACCUCUCCUCCAAGUUUCCAGUCCCAUAAGUUGUACUGCUGGAACCUCAACUGUAGUACCAAUCCUCACGAAAUCUGGGGUACUUAGGGCCGGAAAUGCCUGUCUUCAAGCAGGAUAUGUGCUAAGACAAAAAGAUAGCGAUGAGGAAUGUGUACCAACACUUCCUGGGACAUAUGAAGCAGGUGAUGUGUCUGUUAGCUGCCCCGAUGGUAUGUACCAGGACCUCUCCGGUCAGACAUCCUGUAAAGAAUGUGCUUCUGGCACAGUGCCUGACGCAUCAAAGGAAAAAUGUAUAGAAACAUGUCCUCGAGGUUUUAUAUCAGAUGAUGGCUUUCUUCCUUGUCGUCCCUGCGAUAAAGAUUAUUAUUGGGGUAAUUCAACACAUUGUGUGCCAUGUGAUCCAAACACCAGCACUGUAGAACGAAAUGGCAAUGGAUACGACACAGAUUGUAAAGCUGAAUGUCAACCUGGCUGGUUUUCUGCCACGGGAUAUGAACCAUGCAUGCAAUGCCCAAGCAACUUCUAUCAGGCGGGCACAGCUCAAAAAGAAUGCAUGAAAUGCGAUACAAGUGCUACGACAGCCAGUCAAGGCAGCAACAGCUCCGCUCUGUGUGUUAACGCAGUUGCUACCUUGUGUACAAAUACAACGUGUGGUGGAAAUGGUGUGUGUAGUGUGAAGAACCAUAAAGCGUUUUGUACAUGUAACCCAGGAUAUUAUGGUGAUAGCUGUGAGAAUAUGAACAAUUACUGUUCAGCUAUACCUUGUCUCCAAGGAUCUUGUAACAAUCUCCAGGGCAUUACCUACAGUUGCACAUGUAAUUCAGGGUAUGGGGGAGACAACUGUGACGAAGACUUAACAAAUCGUUGUUCAGGACAUGAAUGUCAGGCUGGAUCAUGUAAAAACCUCAGAAAUAGCUAUGCAUGUCUUUGUCCUGUCACUGGAGGGUACACACAACCUCGCUGCCAACGUGUUGAUGACUUGUGUGCAGGAACACCAUGUCUUAAUGGAGCAAGCUGUGUAGCCUUUGGGUCUGUUCGUAAACAAUGCGUUUGUCUUCCUGGAUACACAGGGGAGGACUGUGGAAUCAAUAUAAAUGAGUGUACUGAGAACCCUAUGGGCUGUAUGUACAAUGGUACAUGUGUGGACGAGGUCAAUGGUUACAGAUGUCAAUGUAGAGCUGGUUUUAGUAAUAGCAACGAUAACUGUCAUAAUCUCAACAACUUCUGCGACACUGACCCAUGCUCCAAUGCAGAAUGCUACAAUGACUAUGACAACUAUAGAUCAGUUUGCAUGUGUCAUGACGGAUACCAUUUAGGAGACAAUGGAAAGUGUGCCCAAAAUGAAGUAUGUGAAGGUGUCAACUGUAACACAGACCAUGGUGUCUGCUCUAAUGGAAAGUGUGUGUGUGUGGGUGGAUAUACUGGGGAAUAUUGUCAGCAUGAUAUAAUAGACUGUACCGAGAACACCUGUAACCAUGGUACCUGUGUAGAUCGUACUUCUGAUGUCCAGUGUUUGUGUAUGUCUGGUUAUACAGGAGACCGAUGCCAAACCGACAUUGAUGAUUGCGUAGGUCAGUGCACAGGUGAACAUAUUAUUGUCUCGGAUAGAUGUACGGACAAAAUCAAUGACUACAUGUGCAACUGUGAAGCUGGAUGGAAAGGUCAAAACUGCACGGAGAACAUUAAUGAAUGCGCAAGUUAUCCUUGUAAACAUGGAGCCAACUGCACAGAUGGGGAUAAUACCUAUACUUGCAACUGUUUGACUGGGUGGACUGGUCAAGAUUGCAGUGUGCCAGUGAACUACUGCCAAAAUGGACCCUGUCUAAAUGAAGGAAAAUGUUAUAACAUGAGUGAUGGUUUCUUCUGCAGUUGCCUUGGGGGAACAACUGGGAAAACAUGUUCAACUUUCCCACCAGUGUGUCCCGUCAUCCUACCAUGUACUGCCCAAGGCUCAUGUGCUGAUGUGGAAGGCACAGCCAAGUGUAAUUGCAUUUCAGAUUCCUACACUGGAUCUUCCUGUCAGUUGAAAACUUACCAUUGUGGAGAGAACCCAUGUGAAAAUGGCGGGACUUGUAUCACUAACAGUGACAUUGGUUUCACCUGUAAUUGUAGAAACUCUUACUCUGGUGAAACCUGUACACAGUAUAAUGAUCCAUGCAGCCAAAGCCCAUGUACACAAGGAGCAGUCUGCAAAUCAGAUGGACCUAACUAUUCCUGUGCCUGUCCUGGUGGAGCCGUCAUGACAGAUAUACAAUGUAAAAGUUCAUCCGCUAUCGGUGACAUGUUGGUGGAUGCAGCAGUUGACCCUAGAGGCACCUAUCUCAAUAAUCCCUUCAUAUUCUCCAAUGCAGAUAUGUUUUCUGUAAUGCUUUGGGUGCUAUGUAGUAAUGAAACAUACAGCAGUCCAACGAUAAUGGCAUUGGAACCCAGAGAUAUUGGUGAGAAAGGUCCUGGCUGGAUGGACGAUAUUCCUACUGAUAGGUACCUGGUAAAAAUGACUAAUGAAGGUGUGAUGUUUGACAAUGGCACCAAAUCACAAAUGGUGGAGUUUGACAAGAACAUCUGCGACAAGAAGUGGCAUCAUUUUUCUCUGACUUAUCACAGAAAUAGUACUACGUUUGUUAAACUUGAUUCAAUUACCAAGGCAAACUAUGAAAUGACUGUGUCUGGAAUAUCUGCCUCAAUGUUCCAAGUAAUUUUGGGUAGAUCUUUUCAUGGAAGGUUAAGUCAAGUGAUGAUUUGGAAUACAAUUUUGACCCUAAAGGACCAACUACGUGCUUUUGAAACAGUGUCAAACAUACCUUCUCUCAACAACAUAAUUCAAAAAUGGAUGAAUUAUGCACAGACUAAAGGCGUAUCCUACACCUAUGUAACUGUGGCACCUAACAGUGUCUGUGACAAAGGAUUGGAAGGUGAAUCCUGUGUAAUGGUCGAUAGAACGCCUCCAACAGUUGUCAAAUGUCCGGAUCCUGUGGAAGAACUCCCACUGCCCAAUGAAAGAAUAGUUAACAUCCCAAAUCUUAAGACUAGUUUUGAAUUUGCAGAUUAUAAGAAUACAUAUUCUUCUGUAGCAGACGGUGAAUCUUACCCACGUGGGCGAUACAUUAUAGCAGCCUAUGCCAUUGAUGAAAAAGGAAACUUUGCUGAGUGCCGCUUCCCAGUUUAUAUUAAAUAUGCUGAUUGUCCUCAGCCUACAGUACAAGGCGGUACCUUAGGAACGUGUACUGUUGAUUCGGAAGCUAAAACUUGUUCUGUCAGUUGCCCAGCUGGCAGUACUACAUCUGGAUCUAUACCCAAACGUUUCCACUGUACCAACUUAGGUGUUUACAACCCAGCUAAACCAUACCUACCCUACAUUAUACCGCCAUGUGCAACAGUUAAUAACUUGGAUAAAAGACAAGUUGCUGUGGAGCUGAUCUACGACGUAGUCAUCUCUUGCAGUUUAGUAGAUCAGAAUGCAUUUGAUGAAGCACUGAUUAAGAGUAUUAAGGACAGUGGCAUUUGUAUAGACUGUACAAUAUCAACAAAUCUCAGAUGUAUGACUCCAUCUGGAAAAGUACUGCUCGUCGGCUUCACCUUGUCAGGAUUGGACAAUGUCCUAGCUGUGGCUUUUGAUGGACCACCCGCAGAAAGCUAUAAACCAUUUGAAGCUGUGACUUAUGUAGUUUUUAAUACAGAUAUGUUGGACUUUAAGAAUGAGGUCGGUGGAGCUGUUCUCCGGCUAAGUGAUGGAUCUGUUACUAUCGAAGAGUCAGUCUCAUGUCCUGAUGGUUAUCAGGUCAUUGGUACUCAGUGUGUUCAAUGCUCCGUCGGCCAGUACUUUGAUAGUGGUACAAGGACAUGUAUGCCAUGUGCGUCGAACACCUACCAGGACCAAAUGGGAAUGUCCACAUGUAAACCGUGUAAUGGCAAUAACAUCACACUGAUCCAGGGAGCGUUUGAUUCAUCCUUUUGUGUCGACAAUUGCACUGCUGGUAACUUUUACAAUGAGACAACAAGCAACUGUGAACCAUGCGCAAAGGACUUCUACCAAGAACACUAUGGCAGGAACUACUGUAAUUUUUGUCCAAUUGACAAACUUACCACUGGUAUUGGAUCAGAUUCACUGGAUGACUGUAAUGAUGACUGUCCAGUAGGAUAUGAGAGAAUUCAGAGCAAUCAGCAAUGUGUCGCCUGUCCUAAAGGAACGUACCGUAUUCAAUUGGCUGUAAAGUGUGUACCUUGUGAUGACGGAUUUACCACUGAGGGUGUGGCCACUCCUGAUGCAUCUGGAUGUUCUGUCAGGAUUUGUUACAAUGGAACUUUCCGAAAUGCGUCAAAUUUUUGUGAGGACUGUCCUUAUGGUUAUUACCAGGACGAGGAUUUCAAGGAGAAUUGUAAAAAAUGUUCAGAUUCAGAGUCCACAAUGUCCAUGGGAUCCAAUAAUUCUGCACAGUGUAUUUUCGUUUGUGGAGCAGGAGAAGAAGUCACUGGAGAAAGGCUUUGUACACCUUGCAAUAGAAGUUACUACCAUACUGGGGAACACCCAGAUAUUUUUAAUUCCUGUCAGCAAUGCCCUACCAAUAAAACUACGGAGCUAACUGGCUCAACACUUAUCAACAACUGUUCCAUUGUUAUCUGUGACAAAGGUCAGGAGCUAAAUAGCAGUGGUGAUGUUUGUGUUGACUGUCCCUACAACACAUUCCAGGAUAAAUAUAUGCCAACUUCAUAUCAGAAAUGUACGAGCUGUGGCACAAGCAGAGCCACAGAGAACAUGAAGUCGACCAGCUAUGAUGACUGCCGCUUGUAUUGUCCGACUGCUGGUACUUACGAUAUUGGAGAGGGUACUUGCAAAUCCUGUCUACGGGGAACUUAUCGCUCUGUCGAUGACCACAGCACAACCUUCUCACCAUGUAUGAACUGUAGUAGUGGCUGGACUACAGAGGGUGAAGGCAACACUGGGGAUUUCAACUGUUCUAUAGAAAUUUGUCCUAAAGGAAAGGAACUAAACAUGAGUGGGUACUGUGUCACUUGUCCGUAUGAUACCUACCAGGAUAUUGACAUCCCAACAUCUAUGGACAGGUGUAAACCUUGCCUGACCAAUGAAGCCACUGACAACAUGGGGUCCACCAAUAAAUCUGAAUGUAAAGCUUAUUGUACACAAGCUGGAACUGAGUUUAAUGAUGAAGGUAUUUGUGUGCCUUGCAAACGGGGAAUGUAUCGCUCAAUUGAGGACCGUACCAAGUACUUCACUUCAUGUGAAAAUUGUACCACUGGCAGGACUACAGAAGGAGAAGGCAGCAUUAGUAGCUUUAACUGUUCUAUAGAUAAGUGUCAAGCUGGAGAGGUUGUCAACUCCAAUGGUAAUUGUGCUUCCUGUCCUAAAAACACCUACCAACCCAUAAUGUAUCCAAACUCUGCUGUGAAAUGUAUCGACUGUUCUUCAAAUAAGGCUACAUUAGAAGAUGGACAAACCUCUGAAGCCAGUUGUGUCCGUGUGUGUAGUGCAGGCCAGCAAUAUAACAAUGUCACUGACCAGUGUGAACCCUGUGAUAAGGGAACAUGGAACAAUGGAAAUGAGACAAUGAAAUUCCUGCAGUGUGCGUCGUGUCCAGUUAACUAUACUACUGUUGCUGGUGGCAAUACAGACAUAGCCAACUGUAGUCUGUUGGAUUGUGCUCCAGGUUCCUACAUUUCUGGACAGAACUGUGUACCAUGCGGUCUGGGAACCUACCAACCAAACCGCCAUGAAAGCACUUGUAUAGGCUGUGGCUCCGACCAAAAUACAACCAAUGUGGGAAGUUCUAAAGAGUCAGAUUGUCAAAUCUUUUGCAGCCCUGGCUUUGCUGGUGUUCCUGACCCCAGUAGCUCCACUGGUGACAAAAAGUGUGAUAAAUGCCCAGCUGAUACAAUAAAAGAACAGGCUGGACUAGACAACUGUAUAAGCUGCGAAGUAAAAUCUGCCAACUUCACUGCAAAUGAUGCCAGAACAGAAUGUAACGUUAUUUUCUGUGACAAAGGAUUUAGGUAUAAUGCAUCUGCUACAACUGACAAAUGUAUUCCAUGUGACCAAGGAACAUACAAAAGUGCUCGAGGCAAAGCAACCACUUGUGAAACCUGUCCUCCGGGUUUUACCACAGCUGGUAUGGCUGCCACCAACAUCACUGACUGCAACCAAUUGAAUUGUGUCAUAGGAAAAUACUAUGAUACAACAAGCGAUUCAUGUCUGCCCUGUGUUGUUGGCACCUAUAAGGACACCGUUGGCAACACUAACUGUACAGCCUGUAAUACAGGUUUCACCACACCAAUAACUGAAGCAACUUCUGAUGCACAAUGUAAUAUUGUUGUUUGUCCACCUGGAAAAAAGAGGAACAUAUUAACAAAUCAAUGUGAAGAUUGUCCAUAUGGCCAGUACCAGCCAAAUUCAGGAGAAACGAGCUGUAAUACCUGUACACCUGCUUCCUACAGUACACAGUUUACAGCCACAAUUUUGGAAUCAGAUUGUAUACCAAUCUGUAGCCAAGGCAAUGAGUACAACACAACAAGUAAGACAUGUGACCCUUGUGAUCUUGGAACCUUUAAGGCUUUGAAUGGAAAUUGGCAAGGUGACCGAACAACUGUCAUAACGUGUAUAGCUUGUACUUCAACAAAGACUACACCAUCUGUAGGCUCUACUUCCUCUGCUGCCUGCUCUUUAAAUGUAUGUCAAGCAGGAACUAAACAGCAGGCUGGUGCAUGUGUGGCUUGUCAGAAAGGUUUAUACCAGGAUGUAGUGGGGCAAACCUCUUGUAAAAGUUGUGGUGCAGGAAACACGACAAAGGUCUUCUCUGGGGCCGCAUCUGUACAGGACUGUAUCAAAAACUGUACAAGUGGUAAACAAUAUGACGAUGCAAGUUCAAGCUGCCUUGACUGUCGUGCUGGAUACUAUGUGAAUAAAGCUCUGGGUGAAUAUUGCAUUGAAUGUCCAACUGGUACCACCAACUUGUCACCAGGAUCAGCCACAUGUCCUUAUACUGAUGUUUCACAACCGGUGACAAGAUUAAUUCAACUUGUAUUCAACCUGCAAAUACGAGUGUCGAAUUUUGACUGUACAGAUAGUAACAGUGUAAAUAUUUAUAAUGCCAAUGUGAAGACUAAGCUUGUAACCAGGAUGCAAUCACUGGAAUAUGGCCUUUGCAUCCCAAAUACAUGUGACAACAUCCAGGGAAUGACCAUCACAUUAGCCUCGACUGGGGGUUGCACACAAGUUGGAGUAACUGGGAGGCGCAAGAGGGCAGCUGAUGCCAAUUUGAAUUUGAAUGUAGCUGUUCAACCAGUAAUAGAUCCAGCAACAUCAAAUACAAACGGACUCCGUAGACCAGUAGACGAUGUAGUAAACGAAAUGAUCAACACUAAUCAAGAUAGUAUCACACCUCCUGGUUCAACCCUGAAUGGUGGAAGUGUAACUUCAGUCACACCGCAGUGUAAUGCUGGACAAGUCCUCAACAGUGAUACCUGUGUGCCUUGUAGUGCUGGAACCUAUGAGAACUUAGGAGCAUGUGUUAUUUGUCCCGUCAACCAAUAUCAAGAUUUAACUGGAAAAACUACUUGUAAAUUAUGCAGCGCCACCAGCAGUGUGAAGAUCUAUACCGCUGGUACCAACUCUACCACUGUGUCACAGUGUGUCUCUGUCUGUGCUGUGAAUUCUGACUACUGUAAAAAUGGAGGGACCUGUGUGGCUGACCAGACAGUGUACUGUACAUGUGUAUCGCGAUACUCUGGUACAAACUGUGAGAUCAGGAGUGAGCCGGACAAUUCGACAUGGAUUUAUAUUGUGGCAGGAACUAUCGGUGGACUUGUGUUCCUGAUCAUCGUCAUUAUCAUCAUUGUGGUGUUCUGCAGACGACCUGGAUCUGGGAAACCCAAGAUUGUGUAUGAGAAAGAAGAGACACCACAUUCCAACUAUGGAUAUCAGAGUUAUCCUGACAAUGUAGGCUUUCCCUACCAGUAUCCUGUCCAGCAAGCCAUGACUCAGUCCCUGCCAGAGACUUAUUACCUCCCUUACCAGCAGCCAUACCAGCAGCCGCGUGCCAUACACAGUGGCCGUUAUCGUGGCUUUGAGGUUGAAGACGAGAAUUCCUCAGGCUACAAGUGGACAUCCUUCUCUGAGGGUUAAAUUUCAAAAUGACUGUACUAGCCAGUCUGAAUCAUAGAAUUUUUUUUUCCGGUGAUACCACAUUUUGAAAUUUACUGGUUGAUGAAAAAAAUAGUAAGAUCAAUACACUCAUGUCAUAUUUUUGAAGGUUUUUAUUUACAAUUUGUAAUAUUUUAUGUUUUUUUCAUAAAUAUCAAAUUAUUAUGUGGUAUAAGAUAAUACAGUUUCAUAAUGAAUAUCUGGGAUAUCCUUCAACAUUUUGGCACAUAUGAUCAUUAAACUGAAUAACAAUAUCAGUACAUUAAGGAAAUGCCAUUUAGAAAGUACUUUUAAUAAGGCAUCCUUUUGGUGCUACAACUUAUGAUUCUGUAUUAUUGAUAUAUAUAAGAAUCUCCAUCCUCUGCCAAUCAAAUUAUCAUAUUAUAUGUAAGGUAGUCAAAACCAUUUUAUUGUACCUGUACACACCUUUAUUUGUAUAACACAUGUACAGUGUAUAUCCCUAGUUUAAUCAAUUUUCAUGUUGCCCUUCCUAUUCAUAACUAAUCAUUUCAGCCCAUCUCGGUCUUUACUGUUCACUCCAGGCCCCUUGAUAGCCUAUCUAUAGAUAAUAGAAUGUUCACUCCAGUCCCCUUAGUUACCAUCCUAGCCCUAUCUAUAGAUAAUAGAAUGUUCACUCCAGUCCCCUUAGUUACCACCCUAGCCCUAUAUAUAGAUAAUAGAAUGUUCACUCCAGUCCCCUUAGUUACCAUCCUAGCCCUAUCUAUAGAUAAAGAAUGUUCACUCCAGUCCCCUUAGUUACCAUCCUAGCCCUAUCUAUAGAUAAAGAAUGUUCACUCCAGUCCCCUUAGUUACCAUCCUAGCCCUAUCUAUAGAUAAUAGAAUGUUCACUCCAGUCCCCUUAGUUACCAUCCUAGCCCUAUCUAUAGAUAAAGAAUGUUCACUCCAGUCCCCUUAGUUACCAUCCUAGCCCUAUCUAUAGAUAAUAGAAUGUUCACUCCAGUCCCCUUAGUUACCAUCCUAGCCCUAUCUUUAGAUAAUAGAAUGUUCACUCCAGUCCACUUAAUUAGUCCUAUCCCUAUCUGUAAAUAAUGAAAUUUCCACUCCAGCCCCCUUAGUUACUAACCCUGUCUGUAAUAUUGUUAAGCCUGGUCCUGUUCUUUGCACUUUUAAUACUUGCUGUUAACAUCUUUUUACACAGUACAUUUAGUGCCUGUGUUGAGUUCUCGCCCCAACCAUAUUACAUGUAGUUUAUACAUACCAUUUUUUUUUCAACCUCUAGUUAGUAAUCAUCAAUUUGUUUUCACCCCUGUACCAUUAAUCCUUUCAUACAUUUCCACACAUGUUAACCUUUCCAGUUGAAGAAGCCUUAAUGUGUCGUGUUAAACUGUAUUUUGUAUCAAACUAGUAUCAGUGGCUCUAGCUACUACAUAAAGACAGGGAUUUUUGUACAGUUUAUCUUGUACUUCUCAUAUAUAGUAUGUGUGUAUUGGUUUGUUUAUAUUGUGUAAAUAUAUGUAAAGCAAAAACAAUCACAAACUUAUUUUUGAAUAAUUCUUGUUGAUCCCAGUACUUAGAAAAUUUUGAUAUAGCAAGGUAAAAUGAUACUUUUAAAAUACUUGUAGAUCCUACUGUCUUUAAAAAAAAAAAAAGUAAAAUUUGAAAGAAAACUUACAAAUCUAUAAAUAUACGUUCUGCUUAAACAAUCAUGUAAACUACAUGUAACAAAAACAUUUGUAUAUAUUCAUUCAUUUUUAUAGAUUUAUUAUUUUGUAAUCAGUAUCAUAAUAUAACUAGAGGGAAAGUAAGUGUUACCUAUAUCAAGAUUGUCAAAAUAAUCUCGUACAAACAUUAUGGUCUUUUUGCAGAGUUUGAAUGUAGCUGUGAACAUACAUAGUGUCUAACAGAUAGGUUUAGAAAAAUAUGAGAUAUAGACGAGUUGUGAUUUACUCAUUGUCAGAUUGUGUUCCCAUUGACUGUAAAGAGGUGUCACAUUGAGAUGAGAAUAUAUCUUUUGUGGUAGACAAAUAAAAGCCAUCUCAGUAAUUUUCAAAUAUCAUGGAUGUAUGUAAAACAGUGACAAAUUUUGUUUCUCUUUCUCUUCAUUUGCAAUAAUAUUUCCCCAUAUGGACUUACUAUCACUUGAAGUCUGGUAAAGGGGAUCAUCACCCUAAUGGUUGUGGUGUUUUAAAAUACUUCAAGUUAACUAGAUAGGUAAUGCAUUGACUAAGUAAAAAUUACCAUAUGGGUAUGUCAGAGUGAAGGAGUUAAGUUUUCACUACCUUGAAAUGACAAGAUACACGAAAACAGUGUUUUUGAUGUAUGCACGCCAAUAUUAUGAUCCAAGGGAGGUAAGUUAUUGUAUCAAGGGAGAUAACUGCUGGUAACCAACAACAAAGCCCGUAUCAGGCUAUAAACCAGUGUUUAAAGUAGAUUCUCAACAGAUACAAUAUAACUCUUGGUUGUAUAGGCAAAAUCUUCAAACUGAGAAGGAAUCAAAAUAUACACCUUUUAUAUAUGUAUGUGUGUUAAUUUGUACACAAUGUUAUUGUUUGUCUUAUAUCUGUGGAUAUGAUGGAACAUUACCAGGUUCAUUCCUCAAAUUUUUUAAUGGGAUGCAAUAUUGGAGAAAAUAUGUAUAUACCAAUCUUGCCCAAAUAGAGUGAUUUUUUUCCAGAUUAUCUGGAGCUAAGCAGUAGUGGUAGUUCCAUUGUUUACCUUUCAGACUGAUCACAUGUGUUGGAAUUUCAUCAUUACAUAUGAUAGCUGCAUGCUCCAUCUAUGGUAUCACCUGAAGUGAAAUGUCAUUUCCUUCUUUAUCAAAUUGCAUGGUUCAAAAUAUUCAAAAUGUGGUCAUUUUAAUAUUUUUUCAUGAUUUCUACAUCAGAAAGUGAUAUAUUUUUCAAAUGAAUAUAGAAAUGCAUGCAGAUAUUGUUGUUGAAGAAAGACAGCAACAAAACCACAUGUGAUCAGUGAUUGUUACUUAAAUGCCAUAUCAAUACAUACAUAUCAAAAUUGUUAUUUUCUAUGCAAAUAUAUUUUAUCCAUAUAAGAUUUUAUUAUGUCAUAUAAUGAGUAUAAACCCAUCAUUUUGUAACCAAUAAAGAAAAAUUUGCGAAUCA